AAAAAACGUUAAAUAUUUCGUUGUACAGUUUGUUGCCGCAAUCUAAUACAAAUCCAAUUUGAUUUUAUAAAUAGUAACGUUUUAAAUAUUAUGUGCAAAUUGAUAAAUUAUCCUCAACUGUACUAAAAUUAACCGCAACAUGGACAAAACAUAAAAACAGUUAUAGCUCACAUAUUAGUUCUACAUAGUAAAAACCGCGGAAAGAGUUGAUAUGAAGAGUGUUAUUUGUUUAUGCACUAUUUUGGGAUGUGCCUUUUCCGAUACUCCACUCAACUGGGACGAUAUAAGAUCGAGUGACAUUACUGUGGACCCGCUGGACACGGCUCCGGUUACCCCUGGAGCAAGAAUCAUCGGAGGCACCGAAGUUGCUCGGAACUCCAUCCCGUACCAAGCGGCGCUUAUUAUCAACGACGCCAACUUCUGCAGUGGCUCCCUCAUUAGUCGCGAGUGGGUAUUAACGGCAGCGCACUGCACCAGCGGCGCCUCGCUCGUCCGAGUAAUACUUGGCGCUCACAACAUCCGACGGACAGAAACCACACAGCUCGCCGUAACCACCUCCAGCAUCAUUAACCAUCCCCAGUACAGCAGAGCAACCCUCAGCAACGACAUAGCUCUGAUCCGACUGCCCUACGCAGUACCGAUAAGCAAUACCAUUCAAGUUAUCACUUUGGCCCCUGCCACUUCCGGGACAUUCGCGGGAUCCAUAGCUCGCUUGUCCGGGUGGGGGAAGACUUCGGACUCGGCUCCAGGGGUAGCUGCCACUCUGAGGGCGGUGAAUGUUAACGUUAUUGCCAACAGUCUUUGUCAGCAGACCUAUGGGAUUUGGAUCCACCCAUCCACGGUGUGUACUUUUGGCGGAGGUCUGGUUGGAGGGUGCCACGGAGACUCAGGGGGUCCCCUGACGGUUAAUGGGGUGCAAAUAGGGGUAGUAUCCUUUGUGUCAUCUUGGGGAUGUCAGUCUGGAACACCCACAGCUUAUUCCAGAGUCAGUUCUUUCAGAGAUUGGAUAAAAGUAAAUACAGGAGUGUAGUGUACAUUUUAAUAAAAUAAUUUGCUAAAA